AAAAAAAAAAAACCAUCUAUCAUAAGGCCUAUAUAUACACAAUCUGGUGGCCAUCAAUCUAGCUACGAAAAGAAACCAUUGCAAAAGAAGUUCAAAGAGACAAAGAAUACAAAGUGCAUAAUGCAUGUAUGCAUUGGCUGUACUGAAAGAAUGCUGGUUGCAUAGCCGUAGUCCCCUGAUCAUUUCAUCUCUCAAAAUGUCUUUGAACAAUUCACUCGAAUCAUUUGGUAUUUCUGCAAGUCUCUUUCUCAGGGACUAUGCAGGCAGCAUCCUUUACAAUGGCCACUGCAUACAUGCGUUAUGCGCUUUGUGCUCCUUUUAUCUCUAUGAACUUCUUUCGCAACGACCUUCCCUUUUGCGCUUAAUUGACGGCCGCCAGUUUGUGUAUAAAAAGGCCGUACAAUAGAUAAAUAUCUAGAAUCAGAGUUCUUCCUCGAUUCGUUUUGAAUAGUGCCUA